AGAAAGUGAACAAGAAGUAGAAAGAGCAGAAGCGAUAGAGAGGGGGAGAGAUGUCAUUGGAUCCCUUAUUGGACUGCCGUAUACCACCCUAUCCAGCGAGGACCCCACUGUGCUGCCUGGCGAGGAGACAGAGCUGCCCAUGGAGAUGCCUGCCGCACUCGCAGAGGAGAGGACACCAGUGUCUGUCCCUCUGCCCCCUUCCACACCCGGUGAACCAGAGGAGCGAGGGAUGGCUAGAGAGAGAGGGAGAUGGAGAGAUAGCCCCACCCUACAGGAUGUUACUCCCCCAGUGAAGCAACCUCGUAGGAGGCAGCUGCUCUUCAUCGACCAGGAAACACAGAUAUCCCAGGAGGCACUGCAGCAACAGAUAGACAACACUCUCAUACAGACCAGGCCCCUGGUUGUAAUCAGUGGUCCCUCUAAGAGAACAGUGUCUCCAGUUGAUCUCCUUGGUAACCCAUGCACCACCCUCCCUCCAGAGCUACUGUUGCAAUGGAAACGGGUGGCGAUUGUCACAGCGCUCACUGGCUCCGCCCUGCUGGUAGGGAGGACAGAGACAGACUCGGAGUCAGAGAGAGAGAGGGAUAAAGAGAGAGUGAUGAAGGCAAAGGAGGAGGGAGACAGAGAGCAGGAGGGAGAGCUCAGCUCAAAAGAGGUACCUAGAGAGUUGGCAGAGUCUGGCCUGUCCCAGCAUGAUGUUUCCACUCGGUCUCCGCUGUCCCUGGAGGUCUCUGAUAGAGACAUGUCCCGGGAGACCUCCCCCCUGGACACACCCGAGAGCAGAGGGUCUGUGUCCAAACUGAAGGACAUUCCAGAGGAGGGCGAGGGACCGCUGGAGAGAGAGGCAGAGGACAUACCUAUGGCUGACUUAUCAGCAGAGCUACAAGACGCAGUGACAGAGCCUCUUGAGGAUCAUGAAGGGGUGCUGUUCCACUCUCUGCUGCCCCCACUGGCCCAACGCAGUAGUGUCACUCACUCAUUCUGGACCCUACUGGAGAUGGUAACUGCCAGGAGACUCUGUGUGCAGCAGGAUGAACCUUAUGGUGACAUCAUAAUUUCACCUGGACCCAACUAUGAGGAGGGGAAUGAGAGUGUGUAACACACACACACACACACACACACACACACACACACACACACACACACACACACACACACACACACACACACACACACACACACACACACACGAGUUUAUUCAAAGAUGACUUUCAAAUAGAUCUCACAAACAGAUAGUUUGAGUCGGGUAACUAGAAGAGACGACAGUUGACCUGUUCCUCUUUGCUAAUCGUAUUUUAGGUGCUUCAUUUGUGUGUGUUAUUUAGCAGACACUCUUAUCCAGAGCAGCUUACAGUAUUAAGUGUACACAUGUCUUGUGUUUUUGAUCUUGCCCCCAGUGGGAGUCCAACCCACAACCAUGGUGUUGCGAAUGCCAUCCUCUACCAACUGAGCCACACAGAACAUUUUGUAAAGCUUAAAGUUUUUAAAGUUUUAAAGCAGGUUUUGCUUUGUUGUUUUUUUAUAUCAGUAGUCUCUUAUUAUAUUCUGUGACUAAAGACUGAAUUUUAUAUUCAAUAUCACAUUUCUCUUUUAAGCAUUUUAAAUGACUUUUCCACCAUUUCUAUUUCCACAGUAUUUUAGUCUAUUCUUAGCGUGUGCUGACAUAUAAAGGACUCAGUGUGUUUGUGUUUCAGUGGUGUUUUUUUUAGACUUGUAACAGGUGUUUGUUUCUGUGAAUAAACAAGUCAAACUA